AUGGCCAAGACCCCGUCCAAGAAGGCAGCCAAGACGGUCGCGAAGACCGGCAAGGGCAAAGGCCGUGGCAAGAAGCGCGUGGAGUCGUACUCGACGUACAUCUACAAGGUGCUGCGCCAAGUGCACCCCGAGACGGGCAUCAGCAAGCGCGGCAUGUCGAUCAUGAACUCGUUCAUCAAUGACAUUUUCGAGCGCAUUGCGUCGGAGGCGGGCAAACUGUCGCGCUACAACAAGAAGUCGACGCUGUCGAGUCGCGAGAUCCAGACGGCCGUGCGCCUGAUGCUGCCGGGCGAGCUGGCCAAGCACGCCGUGUCGGAAGGCACGAAGGCCGUGACCAAGUUCACGUCUGCUUAG